GCCAGUCUCCAAUCCCAAGCCUGGUUUCAGUAAACAACGCGUGAGCAGUGGUCAUGCCCUGGUGCCGUGGUCCUGCUGAUAAAAAGGAGGCGUAAGAGGAGAUCUGUGCAGGACAAAGGGUCCCAUCCUGAGGUUAUUCACGCUACUUAUCAGCUAAGAUGGCGCUGAUUCUGCUUGCCUUUCUGCUUGCUGCAAUCCCGGCAGCCCACAGCUAUCCUGCUACCUUCCAAGACCUGAGUGAGAGUCACGAUUUGUUUUCUCUGACAGCUAACAGGACCUCCAUUAAGUUCCUGGCUUUGGGAGACUGGGGAGGUUUGCCUUACGCUCCAUACAUGACAUCGGUGCAAAAGACUACUGCUGAAGAGAUGAACACUGUAGCAGAGCAAAUGGGAGCGGACUUUAUUCUGGCCCUUGGUGACAACUUCUACUUUAAAGGUGUGGACAGUGUGGAUUCUCCAAGAUUUAAGGGCACCUUUGAGGCUGUGUACACAGGGGAGUACCUGAAUGUCCCCUGGUACGUCAUAGCUGGCAAUCAUGACCAUGCAGGAAAUGUCAAAGCCCAGAUUGAAUACACAAAGAAAUCUGCAAGAUGGAACUUCCCUUCCUACUACUAUGAGCUGGACUUUCGCAUCCCUAACACAAACAAGACUCUGACCAUCAUCAUGCUUGACACCGUGAUGUUGUGUGGGAACUCCCUCGACUUUGAGGAUGGGCAGCCCAAAGGCCCCUUAAGUGCCGUAGAUGCCAACCGACAGCUGAAAUGGCUGAAGCAAAGGAUGGCUCAGUCCAAGGCGGAUUUCCUCCUGGUGGCCGGUCACUACCCGGUGUGGUCCGUGUCCGAGCACGGGCCCACCGCUUGCCUCCUGCGGUCAGUUCGACCCCUGCUGCUCAAAUACAACGCCACAGCUUACUUCUGCGGCCAUGACCAUAACCUGCAGUAUAUUGAAGAGUCUGAAGUGGGCUACAUAGUGAGCGGCGCUGGAAACUUCCUGGAUCCGGAUAUCCGCCACUGGAACAAAGUUCCCAAAGGUUCUGUGAAGUUUUUCACUGGUAGUACGUCCACAUUAGGUGGCUUCGUUCAUGCAGAAGUCACGAAGAACAAGAUGAUGCUCACCUUCUUCCAGGCUAAAGGCACCUCUCUCUAUCGUGCCGUGCUCUCACCAAGGAAUGGCAAAUAAAUGACAAAGGAGCUUCACCUUUGCGUCCAAAUUUUGUUUUUUUAAACAAAUAUGUUAAGUCAAAUUAUACAGAAUGAAUCAAUAUUUUGAAGGCUUACUUAGACUGAAUUUAUCUGAAAUAAAUGGCCUUUUCUCCAAGGUUAAGAGUUCUGUAUUAAUUGAAAUUGUGACAAAGUACAGCUGCCCAACAAUUUUCGAAUGUGAACAAAUUUCACUUUCUAAACAAUUUCAAUUUCUUGUUUGUGAUGACAAAACUGAAAAAAAAAAGUCACAUUACUUGCAUUUCUGGCAAAUGUAGUUUCAAAUAAAGGUGGGUUAACUAACUACCUGCAGUCUUAUUUUGCCAUGCACGUCAUAUGUCGUUUCAGGUGGCAUGUAAAAUCGCUUGUAAAAUCCUAGAGUGAGAAAUGAGAAACAUUUGUAUAUUUAUGGUUCUGUCAACAUUAAUAAUAAUCAAUUCUGUAAUCCAUUGAGUUUCAUUUUUGUAAUUCUUUGUGUUGUGUGCUAAUUAAAUUGUUAUAUUCUAAGUUAAGACUCUAAAUUGUGAUAAACAUGCAGUAAGCCUUGUUUGCUUGUACCCCAUGUGUUUGCUGAAAUUUGUAUUUGUCUCAAAGCAUCACUGCUCUUCAGUCGAAAGGUUUGUGGGGGACAGGGCCUCCAUGUAACACUUGCACUUGUAGACAAGACUGUGCCCUUUCGCUAAACGACUAUUGUUCCUGUCACUCUUAUGUGAAUAUGUUCAUUUUAAAAAUAAAACUUGAUCUUGUCACUGUG